CUCCCGGACCCCGGCCGCAGUGCUGGGGCCCCGCGGGCGCGCGCGGGCCGUCUCCAUGGCAGCGGCGGCCGCGCGGUGAGGGGGCCGCCCACCCGGCUCCCAGCUCCCGCCGCGGCACCGCAGGCUCGUUGGCACCGCGAGAUUCCGCCCCUGACGGGGCGCCCGCCGAGUGCUCGGCACGGCCUCAGCGCCUAGCCUUUCGGGCCUGUGCAGCCCGGCGAGUCACAGCACCCUGUAAGGACUGCCAGGGGACAAUGAAGGUUCUUCUACUAAAAGACUCUAAGGAGGAUGAUUGUGGCCAAGAUCCAUACGUCAGGGAACUAGGAUUAUAUGGACUUGAAGCCACUCUGAUCCCUGUUUUAUCAUUUGAGUUUUUGUCUCUUUCCAGUUUUUCUGAGAAGCUGUCUCAUCCUGAAGGCUACGGGGGACUCAUUUUUACCAGCCCCAGAGCAGUGGAAGCAGUGGAACUGUGUUUGGAGAAGGACAAUAAAACUGAAGUCUGGAAAGAUUCUUUGAAAGAAAAGUGGAAUGCUAAGUCGGUGUACGUGGUUGGAAAUGCUACGGCUUCUCUAGUGAAUAAAAUUGGCCUGGAUUCAGAAGGAGAAAGCUGUGGAAAUGCAGAGAAGCUUGCAGAAUACAUUUGUUCCAGGGAGUCACCAGCAUUGCCUCUUCUGUUUCCCUGUGGAACCGUCAAAGGAGAAAUCCUGCCAAAGAUGCUCAAGGACAAAGGGAUCCCCAUGGAAAGCAUCGUCGUCUAUCAGAAAAUCCCACACCCGGGAAUCCAGGUGAACCUCAACAGCUACUACUCUCAGCAGGGCAUCCCAGCGAGCAUCACGUUUUUCAGCCCCUCUGGCCUCACCUACAGCCUCGAGCACAUCCAGGAGUUAUCUGGUGACCACAUGGAUCAAAUCAAGUUCGCUGCCAUCGGCCCCAGCACGGCCCGUGCGCUGGCCACCCGGGGCCUGCCCGUGAGCUGCACGGCCGAGAGCCCCACGCCACCAGCCCUGGCCCGGGGCCUCCGGUUGGCGCUUCAGGCCCCCCGCUGCUGAGCCACCGGCCCUUCCAGCUGCGCUCCCGGGCCCAGGGAGACACGCCGCCACCGCGAGGAAGCCAGGCCUCAUGGGGCCCCCCGGACUUAUGCCUCAUGCCUCCAGGAACCAGAGGACCCCCGAGGAGCAGGGCCCGCAAGGGCCCUUCCCGCAGCAGGAAGAUGCCAAAUAAAGCGCCCGGGCUCUUCACCCUGACUGCCGUGUCCUUUGCUGCCUGUCACUUUCCUGCAAAGCUGUGUCCGCUGAGGAGACUGCAGGGCCCAUGCUCUGAGAAUGCCAGGCUUGGGGGCGUGAGCAAUCUGCUGUGUAGGGAGUAGCUCCGUCAUCUGAUCAGAGGCACCGUCAAGCUGCUGCCGUGUGCGCCGUGGACAGAGGCAGUCACCUACGAGAGACCUCUCUCUGCAGAAACCAGACGCAGAGUAGGCCAGUCCGGGCAUCUGAGAGGUCGGGGGUGGGUGGGUGUUCAGUUUGCUUA